AUGGUUCAAUGUUCGUGGUGUGGACAAGAACUUUACUAUAAUGAUUUUACCUAUUGUAAAUUAGAAGAUGACGAAAAACAUUCACUAUGCUCGUCAUGUCAUUUGUCUGGUCAUGCUUGUCAAUCUUCUUGUCCGACAUGCUGGCAUGAUUUUGCACAAUUCCUGAUCUCACGUGAUUCAUUAUGUGCUGGCUGUACAAAACCAUUGGAUAAAGGCAGAAAUUUCGAUACAAAAGGUCAUCCAUUGUGUAUCCAAUGUCAAAAUUGUAUCCUUUGCUCAUUUCGUGAACAAACUAAAAAAGACUUUUUUACUUUAUCGUACCGUGAACACGAACCUCGCAUACAAAAUAUUCUUUAUCUUAUGCAAAUGUGUGUUCAACGCAUAGAAAUUGAACGUGAGCCGUGUUCAAUUUGUAUUGAACCUUUAUAUAAUAAUGAUCUUAAUCCCGUGAAAACUCUCGAUCAAUGUCAACAUCGAUUUCAUUCGAAAUGCAUAGAAAAAUGGUUCAAAGAAAAACCAUGUUGUCCUUGCUGCCGGCAUGUCUAUCAAGACCACGAUGAACCUAAAUAUAAGCGAACACGACGAGACCAUUUCUUCGUUUCCCCUGCACUUCAACUAAAUCGGCUCGAAAGAAAUACAUUAAUGGAUAUUUAUUAA